AUGGUGUCCCUCCGCUUCCCCGCCGCCACCUUCGCCCACCUCCCCACCCCGCCGCCUCCCCACCGUGCCGCCAUCGCCGCCGCAAUUGCCGCCGCCGCGGCUGCGGCAGCCGCAGCCGGCUUCGCCCUGACCGCCAAAUCUGCCGGUCGGCCGCUCCCGCGCCCGUCACACUCUGCAUCCCUCUGGGCCUCCCUCUCCCUUGCCGACAGCGGCGCCCCCGGCAACGUCGAGCCCCGCACCGGCGCCGCAUUCCCCGCCGAGACCGCCGGCGGGCGCCGCCUCCUCGGCGUUGGCCUCCGCAAGACCACCAUCCUCGGCCUCAAGUCCAUCGACGUCUACGCGUUCGGCGUUUAUGCGGAUGACAGCGAUCUGAAGCAGCUGAGGGACAAGUACCAGAAGCUUCCCAUCUCUGAUCUGAAGGAAAAUGAUGAGCUGAUCAACGAUGCACUAGAGCGUGACAUUCGUAUGACGGUCAGGCUUCAGAUAGUUUAUGGGAGGCUGAGCAUUGGUUCAGUUCGGAGCGCUUUUGAGAAGAGUGUAGGAAGCAGGCUUCAGAAGUUUGGGGGGUCAGACACCAAAGAGUUGCUUCAGAGUUUUGUUUCACUUUUCAAGGAUGAGUACAAAUUACCAAAGGGAUCUGUAAUUGAGCUUUCGAGGGAAUCAAAUCACGUUCUUAAAAUAAGCAUUGAAGGAGAAGAUGUGGGAAGUAUCCAGAACAAGCUCUUGUGCCAGUCUAUCUUAGAUCUUUACAUUGGAGACGACCCGUUUGACAAGAAUGCGAAAAACAACAUCCAAGGAAGUUUGGCUAGCAUUCUUAAAGCUUAG